GGAAAAUCCAUGAUGUUUCCACUCCAUUUUCAUUACGAAGAUGUAUUACGUCAGGAUCUGUUGCUCAAACUGAAUCACGCCAAUGUUAUGGAAGUUCCUGGAUUGUUUGAAAUAAGAUUAGUACCAAAAGCUGCCUCUGAUUUUAGAAUCCAAUUUGGAAAAUUGGUUAUGGAGAUUUUGUGCGGUCACAGAUUCAUACAGACACAAAGGGGCCGCUAUUUUCAAGCAGGAAAGUCGUUUCGAUCCAAUCCAUUCUUGGGGUCCGAAGAAGACACUGGAUAUGUUAGUGACUUUGCACGACAAAGCGUUCUCCGAGGGCAUGGAAUGUACCAUUUUUUGGUAAGAAUCUUGACAGUAAUGUCUAUGUUAGAUUCUCCGGUUGAAAUACGGGAAAAAUCCAUCAAAUUCUUUAUGGAAACGGAGUUUUGCGAAUUCUCCCCGGAACUGGAAGAUCGUUUCGAGAUCUUCGAGCAAAUUCGAGGGUUCAAUGUGACUAUUGUCACCUCAACCAAUACAAAAUAUGAGACUUUACUACUGUGGAGCGGCUUUGUGAUAAUGGAACCAACAAGCAAAAAGCAUUAA